AUGGAUGGAUUCAGCGGAUACAAUCAGAUUAAGAUGGCCGAAGAGGACGCAGAAAAGACUGUUUUUAGAACAUCUCUCAAAAACUUCUUCUAUACAGUUAUGCCUUUCGGACUCAAGAAUGCCGGAGCAACUUACCAAAGAACUAUGACUGCAAUCUUUUAUGACAUGAUCCAUUAUGAGGUGGAAGAUUAUGUUGAUGAUCUAGUGGUGAAAUCCAAGAAAGAAGAGGACCAUCUCCGAGACCUUGAUAAAGUAUUCAAGAGGUGUCAGAAAUUCAAAAUGAGGAUGAAUCCUCUCAAAUGUGCUUUCGGGGUGAUGAUCGGAAAGUUUCUCGGGUUUCUUGUACAUAGGUAUGGUAUCGAGGCAGAUGAAGACAAGAAUAAUGAAGCCGAGUAUGAGGCUCUUAUUUUGGGCUUGAUAGCAGUUGAGAAGCACAGUAUCAAGAAGAUUCGAAUUUGGGGGGACUCGAAGCUGAUAGUGAAGCAAGUUUCAAGACAAUUCGUUUUAAAAGAGCCUACCUUGGCCACAUACCGCACGACAAUCCAAAGGCUUCUUGACAAAUUUCAGAAGGUCGAAAUAGAGCAUAUGCCUCACUCCGACAACAAGUUUUCAGAUGCCCUCGCAACACUAGGGGUAAGAGUUGACAUUCCCGAGGAGGAGGCGACAAUCGUUAUCAAGAAGAGAACGGAGCCUUCAAUAAUUCCCAAGAGCAAAGACCUUCCAAAGGACUGGAGAGAAGAAAUUCUCGAACCAACUCAGAAGCAAAGUUGGAAAACUGACUAUGGCCAAGCUUGCCCAAUUCACAAUUAUUCAAGGUGA